GCUGUGUGUGUGCGUGUGUUGCACACCGCCGUCGGUCCUCCCUCCUGCCUUUCACAUGAUCUGCAGCUUUCGCAGAAGGGAAUCGAGAAUGCGGCCAACAACAAUCGCAGAUCCCGGCUCCUUCAUAAUGCGACUCCUUUUGACCGUCCUGCUGACGUGUUUCCAGUGCAGCAAUGGAAUUCCCUGGACACAAGAAAAGCUGCAUCACCAAGCGAUCACACUCUCCCCGACUGAGACUCAGGUGGCGCUGACACACACGAACGUGCAGCAGAUGUGGUUGAGAGAUCUAAGGCCCUUGCUGGUAACCAGGUAUCCAGGAUCAGCUGGCAGCACAGCAGUGCAAGCGCACAUCAAAUCCACCCUCAGCUCACUUGGUGCUGGCUGGGAGGUCACAGAGGACCGGUUCAGGUCCAAUACCCCAUACGGCCCCCUGCCCUUCACCAAUCUCAUCGCCACACUGAACCCGUCAGCCCGGCGCCGUCUUGUCCUGGCAUGCCACUAUGACUCCAAGUUCUACUCCCCACAGUGGCACCGCAGGGAGUUCCAGGGUGCCACCGACUCUGCAGUCCCCUGCGCUAUGAUGCUUGAGCUGGCCCGGGCCCUGGACCAGGAUCUGAAAGCUCAGAAGACCUCCAACCCUAACUUGACUCUGCAGCUCAUCUUCUUUGAUGGAGAGGAAGCUCUGGUGCAGUGGAGCGCCACCGACUCCCUGUAUGGAUCUCGCCACCUUGCACAGAAGAUGGAGACCACCCCACAUCCUCCUGGAGCCACAGACACAAAUCUACUGCACAGUAUAGAUCUCUUUGUGUUGCUGGACCUUUUAGGAGCCCCGAGUCCCAGAUUUGGAAACCAAUUCCCCAACACAGUGCAAUGGCUCUCCAAACUGCAAAACAUAGAGAAGCGUCUUCACGCUUUGGGCCAGCUUCAAAAUCAUCCCGAAGAAGUUGAGUAUUUUUGGCCGGAUCGUCCAGUGGGACGUGUAGAAGAUGACCAUGUACCGUUCCUCAAUAGAGGUGUCCGUGUUGUCCAUCUCAUCCCUUCGCCGUUUCCGUUUGUCUGGCACACAUUCGAUGACAACGAACAGAAUCUGGACAUCUCCACCAUCGACAACCUCAACAAGAUUCUUCAAGUCUUUGUUCUGGAGUACCUCAAUGCCAAACCCGCCAUUUCCGUUCCUCCAAACGUCCCGUGAUACCUCCGUCUUCAGCACACUGCAUAGUCAGUAUAAUCUCGACUGGCCGUUGGUGAAGUCUUAUAUGACCUGGUACUUUUUAAAUUAGAAGUUGUCGAUUUAGAAAUGUGAAGUGUGUACCUCAAUAAAACUCUUGAAGAACCAAUU